GGUAGCAUUUUGACAGCUAGUUGGCCAGAAUGAAUACAAAUAGCACGUCUUUUAAACAAUAUAAGUACUGCAGUUUAUGCAAAGUAAAUCACAAUACAGGCAAAAAACAUGUUUAUUCAAAAAGACACCAGCUCAUAUUGAAGAACAUUCUCCAAAAAUUUCAAACAAAGAUACAGCAAGUGAAGGGAACAUUGUUCAGCCCAGUAGCAAAGGAUUUGGAAUAUGAGGCUGGAGCGAAAUUCUGGUGCUACUUUUGUGCCAUAGAAGUUGACAAACAUGACAUCAUGGAAUCCUGCAAAGUUCUCGGAUAUGGCCUGCUCCAACAUAUUGCAAGUGAUGAGCACAAGGCAGGCUUGGAGCAGUUUUUCUGGGACAACCUUGUUAAGAAGGAGAUGAAGCCGAGAUAUGUGCUGUCCAUAGAGGAUCUUAGCAUAUUUAAGAAAGCUGCUUUUUUGGCUGUAAAGAAAUACCAGAAAGCAAGUGAAGCGGAUAUUAAGCAAGCAGCAUUUGAAAUAGCAGCAGCGGAAACCAGACGCCAGGAACACCUUUCAGAGUCAAACCAGUCCAAACAGAUAACCAGUCAACUAGAAGCUAACACUGGUAACCAGUCAACAACUGAAGCAGAAAACCAAUCCAUAUCAGCCAGAGGAGUAAAGCAGUCGGCAGAAAUGAGAUGGCCCAUAUCACCAGGAAAAGUGAACCAGUCGGCUAAAGGUGGGGCCAGUCGUGAUGGAAAGCAGCCUGGAAAGAGGACAGUUUUGGCGCAUGGUGAAGGUCUCUCAUGUAUUUCACAGCCUGGAGGAGCGGAGGACGGAAAUGUCCAUUCAGGUGCGAUGCCCCCCUGGCUUCUCAAUGACACGCCCACCUCCAGGGGAGAGAUUGGACCCACCCUAGAAGACUACCAGAAACACUUGCACCAGGAGAAAAGAGCCAAGCUGCCAGCUAUGAGGGUUGGGGCAAACUUUGAUCAUCAAGGAACUGCUGACACCAGCUGGCUGCCUUCCUUUGGACGAGUCUGGAGCAAAGGCAGGCGACUCCAAUCCAAACAACAUUUUGAAAAAGAAUGGAAGAAAACAAAUGGAAAACCACAGCCAAGCAGCACCGUUACAGCAGAAAGCAAAAUUGAAAGGAUUAAAUCAAGCACACCACCAUGGGAGCAGCCAUCUUGUUCCAGAAUUGAGGUCAUCCAAGAUGGCUCUCAAUCAGCCAAUCAAGUUCAGCCUUACAAAAAGAAACUCAAGCAGACUGUAAUUGAUAGUGAAAUUGAUUCGGAUUGGACAAAACAGAGUGCUGGGAAAAUGCCUGCUAAUAUUGUGCCAUACAAAAGGAAAUCACAACAUUUUGGAACUCCAGAUAAUAAAUAUGUAAAAAUGCAAACCAACACAGAUCAAAGAUUUUCAUCUAGUAGUGAAGUUGUGCCUACUGGCUAUAAACGUCAAAGGAAAGAACAUGAUAAUGCUUCGUCAUCAUCUAAUCUUAUACAAACUCCAGUCCUAAAUUUGCAAUUGUAAUUGAAGUUAACUGAAUUAUGUUAUGUCAAAUAUAAUAGGGCAUAAAAGUUUCAUGGACUAUUUUUCUGAUUGUGGAAAACUGAUAGUCAUCUGACAUUCUUUGUUAAAAUGCAUCUUAUAUUGGCAAACUUAAGAAUAUUGUUUAUUGUAUUUCGAAACUAAGAGCUUUAUUGGUCAGUUUCUGGAAUGUUUAUUUGAUUCUGUUAUUACAAAGUUAUAUUUGUUUGCAUCAGCCUAUCAUACCGUGUUUAGUAAUGACUGAGUAUGUGUUGAUAAAGAGUUCUAUGUGAAAAAUAAAUGAGAAAAGUUUCUAUUAAU